CUGCCACUUGCCAUCCUCCACAUAGCCAGGCUGAACCAGAAGCCGCCACCAUGACAAGGGACCAGAGUGGAACCUGGGAGAUGGAAAGUAAUCACAAUUUUGAAGGCUACAUGAAGGCCCUGGAUAUUGAUUUUGGCACCCGCAAGAUCGCACUAUCUCUGACUCAGACAAAGAUCAUUGAUCAAAACGGUGAUAACUUCAAGACGAAAACCAACAGCACGUUCCGCAACUACAACGUGGAUUUCACCGUCGGAGUGGAGUUUGACGAGUACACAAAGGGCCUGGACAACCGGCACGUGAAGACCCUGGUGACCUGGGAAGGUGAUGUCCUCGUGUGUGUGCAGAAGGGGGAGAAGAAGAACCGCGGCUGGAGGCAGUGGGUUGAGGGGGACAAGUUGCACCUGGAGCUGACCUGCGGUGACCAGGUUUGUCAUCAAGUGUUCAAGAGGAAGUGA